GCGAACACCACUACCAACUUAUCUCUCUCUCUCACGCUCGCUCUCUCUCUCUCUUCCCUUGGCUCGCUUACGUUCCUUCAGAACAAGCGUGGUGGUUUCAAAAUCAAUCCCUCCGCAAGAAGUUAGAACAAUUGAUUCGAAUUCUGAAGGAAGCCCGCGAAACAAAUGGCGGGAGCGAGAGGAAUCAGUUCUUUGAGAAUGACUUGCCCCACGAUGGAAAUCUCUCGGUUGGGGUACCAGAAGUUGCUACAUGAGGUUAAGGGGCUUAGCUUUAGCAGUCAGCUAUCAGGAAAUUUGAGAGGCUGGAACUCAUUGCGAGUCAAUUUAAAAGUAAAUGCUGUCUGCCUUAGCUGCAAAGGUGAACUAGGAGCUGUUGCACAUGCUUUUGGAAGUAGCAGAUCUUCCUUUCAAGACAAUCUAGCGUCAGAAAAUAAUGCUGAAAUUAAAACUAAGGCUGUGGCAACUGGAGCAGAUGGCUCAAAAGUCAUCCCCGAGAGUGAUGACUUUUUUGUACAGGAAAGCAAUGGUACUGAUGGUGAUCUGGAUUGUCCUUCAGAAGGAUUUUCCUCUAUUGGAGAAGCUAUUGAGGAUAUUAGCCAAGGCAAGUUUGUAAUUGUUGUGGAUGACGAAAGCCGGGAAAAUGAGGGAGACCUCAUAAUGGCUGCCUCCAUGGUAACACCAGAGGCAAUGGCCUUUAUUGUAAAACAUGGGACUGGGAUCGUAUGUGUGGCCAUGAAAGGAGAACAUUUAGAGAGGUUAGAUCUUCCUUUAAUGGUGUCACACAAAGAAAAUGAAGAGAAGCUUUCUACUGCAUUCACAAUAUCAGUGGAUGCAAAAGUUGGUACAACCACAGGAGUCUCUGCCAAGGAUAGGACACGAACCAUCCAGGCUCUUGCAUCUCCGAAUUCAAAGCCUAAGGAUUUCAACCGUCCAGGUCAUAUCUUUCCUCUGAAGUACAGAGAGGGUGGUGUGUUAAAAAGAGCUGGACAUACAGAAGCCUCUGUGGAUCUCGCUGUGUUGGCUGGGUUGGACCCAGUUGGAGUUUUGUGUGAAAUUGUCGAUGAUGAUGGUUCAAUGGCUCGAUUGCCAAAGCUUCGUGAAUUUGCCAAAAAGGAGAAUUUGAAGAUUAUAUCAAUUGCCGAUUUAAUCAGGUAUAGAAGGAAGCGGGAGAAGCUAGUGCAGCGAGCAUCUGCAGCACGUAUACCUACAAAAUGGGGCCCCUUCCAAGCAUUUUGCUACCAAUCUCAGUUGGAUGGAAUUGAGCACAUCGCUUUCGUUAAGGGAGAGAUUGGAGAUGGUCAGGAUGUAUUGGUUCGGGUCCAUUCAGAGUGUCUUACAGGGGACAUAUUUGGGUCUGCCAGAUGCGACUGUGGGAUUCAACUAGCACGUGCAAUGGAGCAGAUUGAAUCUGCUGGAAGAGGUGUGCUUAUUUAUUUGCGAGGGCAUGAAGGAAGGGGCAUUGGGCUUGGACACAAGCUGCGUGCAUAUAACCUCCAGGAUGAUGGACGUGAUACAGUCGAAGCUAAUGAGGAACUAGGUUUGCCAGUUGACUCCAGGGAGUAUGGUAUUGGUGCACAGAUACUGAGAGAUCUGGGUGUUAGAACAAUGAAGCUGAUGACCAACAACCCUGCAAAAUACAUUGGACUUAAGGGUUAUGGUUUGACUGUUGCUGGGAGGGUACCUUUAGUGUCUCCAAUAACAACUGAAAACCGGAGAUAUCUGGAGACAAAGCGUUUGAAGAUGGGGCAUAUAUAUGGUUCUGAAUUCAGCAGCCAUCUAAAUGGUUCCCCUGAUGCAACUGAUGUCAAUAAUGCUGGUCCUGAUGCAACUUUCUGAUGGGGCCAGUCAUUCACAUAAAUUUGUGUCUAUUGAUAUCCUAUGGUAAGGUUCUUGUUUUAAGGGAUUGAUCUUUUUCUUUUUGUCUAUGAAGUUUCUUCUUAUAUUUGUGUCUAUUGAUCUCCUAUGGGUGAGGUUCUUGUUUUAAGGGAUUUUUUUUUUUAAGUUGUAGGAAGUUUCUUCAUUGGAAGUCAAUCAUUCUUGAGGAGAUAAGUGAACGAUAUCCUUUUUGUUUUCUUUUUUUUGCUUUAAGUUAGGACUGGCGACCUUCGGAUGUCUAAUGGAGUAAAGUAAACCUGGAUAUUCCAAAUACAAAUAAAGAUCCGUUUUUAAGAAAUGCAGAUGAUCAUAUUGUUUC